UCCUGCUCCUCUUGGCGUCACCCUUCGCUUGGCGGAUCUGGCACUGCGUAGGGGAGGAAGGAAGGGCAAAAGCCCGUCUUGAGUUUCAUGCAGACAGCUGGCACCUGGUCUGCAGGGCACGGAGGGAGACAGAUGGAAGUACCAAGAGCUCCCAGGUCUAUGCCUUUUAGUAUAUAGGUUUUCAUGGUCUUCCUACGUUGUACCCUGCCUUGAGGAGAAGCAGUGCAUGAGGUCUGGUGCUGCCUGCAGAGUGAUUGAAGAUUCAGCAGUAAACAACAAGAGCCACAAACCAUGUCAGGCUCUUAUGAUGAGUCUACGGCAUCUGCUGAAGAAAUAACUGACAGCUUCUGGGAGGUGGGGAACUACAAACGGACAGUCAAACGGAUUGAUGAUGGGUAUCGUCUGUGCAAUGACUUGAUGAACUGUGUCCAUGAACGGGCCAAGAUUGAGAAAGCAUAUUCCCAGCAACUGGUAGAUUGGUCCAAGCGGUGGAGACAACUAAUAGAGAAAGGCCCACAAUAUGGCAGUUUGGAGAAAGCAUGGAUGGCCAUAAUGACAGAAGCAGACAAGGUGAGCGAACUGCACCAAGAAGUGAAGAACAGCUUGCUGAAUGAUGACUUCGAGAAGGUGAAGAACUGGCAGAAGGAUGCCUUCCACAAACAGAUCAUGGGAGGCUUCAAGGAGGCCAAGGAAGCAGAGGAUGGCUUUCGGAAAGCACAGAAACCCUGGGCCAAGAAGAUGAAGGAGCUGGAAACAGCCAAGAAAUCAUAUCACUUGGCAUGCAAAGAAGAGAAGCUCGCUAUGACCCGAGAAGCCAACAGCAAAUCUGAGCAGUCCAUCACCCCAGACCAGCAGAAGAAGCUGCAAGACAAGGUGGAAAGGUGCAAGCAGGAUGUGCAAAAGACCCAUGAGAAGUACGAGAAGGUUGUGGAAGAGCUGAGUAAGUGUACUCCACAGUACAUGGAGAGCAUGGAGCAGGUCUUUGAGCAGUGCCAGCAAUUUGAAGAGAAGAGACUCAACUUCAUGAAGGAGAUGCUUUUAGAUAUCAAGAGACACCUGAACCUGGCAGAGAACAGCAGCUAUUCUAAAGUCUACCGUGAGCUGGAGCAGACCAUUCGCAUGGCUGAUGCACAGGAGGACCUUCGGUGGUUCCGCAACACUAGCGGCCCAGGGAUGCCAAUGAACUGGCCUCAGGUAGAGGAAUGGAAUCCUGAUGCAACCCAAGCAGUGGCAAAGAAAGAGAAACCUAAAAAGAAUGAAGGAGGCAACACAUCCAGUGUUGGUUCAGGCGGGGAGGCAGCAGCCCAAUCUGGUGACCGUGGCAGUGUGAGCAGCUAUGACCGUAACCAAGCCUACGCUGCAGAGUGGUCAGACGAUGAGGGCGGCAACACCUACAACUCCAACGAAGCCAAUGGCGGUGCCAACUCCUUUGAGGAAGAGCCAGCUGCAAAAGGUGUGCGUGUGCGAGCUCUGUAUGAUUACGAUGGGCAGGAACAAGAUGAACUGAGUUUCAAAGCAGGUGAUGAAUUAACCAAAUUGGGUGAAGAAGAUGAACAAGGGUGGUGCAGAGGUCGUCUAGACAACGGGCAACUUGGUCUUUAUCCAGCUAAUUACGUGGAGUCUAUCUAGUUCUGUCAUGUUCUCAUCACUGCUGUCAGAAAAAACAAACCAACCCUCUGUCAACUCCCAUUACUAUUUGCCAGCCAAGUAGCCAUCUUGCCGUCCAGUCACUCAGCACAGUUAGAGAUCUAAACAUAUUUUCCAACCAAUCUUAUUUUUUUAAUAGCCAUCUCUGAAGAGUAUUUUGUGGUCGCAUUAUUCUUUUUUUUGAGAUAAUGAGAAAUGAAAGGUCGACAUUGUCUAUUGAGGGCUUGUUUUGUAAGUGAAAGCCAAUACCUCAAGCCUUUAAAGCCUAACCAACAAGACUUCUGAUUGGUUGGUUUUUAAGGAUAAUGUAUUGAUGAGCCACUUUCCAAUUGGCUUGGACUAUUUGAAACUUCUGGCACUUUAGCUACUGGGGCCAAUCCAAUUCACUCUCUUUGAAUAGAUGGAAGCAAACACCUACUUGAUUUGUUAUUCCUCUCCACCCAGUCUGUAUUUUAUUUAUUAUCUUUUCUCAAUUUGGAAAGAAAAACGGGUGUCCUUUGCCUUCUCAGCGAUGACCUAGUCAGUAUUCUUGAGCUGUAAUAUUCUGUCAUCCAAGUAAUCUCCCAGAGGCAUUAUAUUAAUUGGAGUAUUGUAUAUGUAUGGUAUGAAUUAAAGGCUUCACUCCAGAGAGCCAUGGCACACCAUUUCCCCAUCAGAUUGAAGAAUAAUGUGGUGUUUCAUUCUACUGACUUGAGACAGGACAAUGUUCUGAGCUCAAGAUGGAGGCCCUAUGCAAAUAAUCAAAGUGUACCUCACCAGUUCAUUUCUCCCAGCUUCUCUUAAGAAAUUGGACUGCAUCUCUGGAUACCUGAUCAGAUGACAAUGAAGCAGAUGUAUCCCUUCAAUACCUUUGCAUAACACAGAUUUCUCUGCUGUUUCCAAUCUAAGAGAUACCCACUGAGGCAGGAGAGCAAUGAGAUGCAAAUCUAUGAAAGCUAAUGACUGCACAUUCAGACUGACUACUAACCUUUGACAGAGAAGUGUGUUAAUUUUGUUAUGGUCUCCAGUAGUUUGAAAUAGAUAAUUUUCCUCUUCAAAACAAGAUGACCUGUUAAGUUGCUGCACACAGUUGGGAUGCUACCAGAAGCAUAUCUUUGAAUGGAAUCAAAGCCAAGGAGAACAUUUAAUAAAGUCCUAAGAAAUUGAUGUAUAAUGUCAAAUACUAACAAUAUCAUGCUAUGUAAUAUCGUGUUAUUGGUCUAUUAUAUCAUGCAGACCAGAUAGAACUUGAGAAUGCAUCUUGCUAUCAAUUGGAGCAAGGGGAUGAUCAUUGUACAUAAUGCAUUGAUGAAGGAGGCAUGCAGUCAUCAACGUGGAUUCAUAAUGUGGCAUUUGACUUCGAAAACUUUCACUAGAUGAAAUGGGCUAGUUAUAGAUGCCAGUGGAAGUGCCAGACAGAUGUCCCAAAGGUAGUGGAAAGAAGCCAGUUGUGUGCUGAAGUUGCAACUAACAUAUAUUUGCAUGUUCAUGGGUGUAGAACAUACUUCGGAGACAGCGAUGCAGCUGAGUAAUUGAGGGCUAGGAGAAAUUUACAGAAAUCAGUGAGUAUAAAACAAGAUACUAUGUCUCUUGAGCCCUUCCACAUUACACAGUUAUAGCACUAUGAUUCAACUUUAACUGCUAUGGAAACUUCUUAUGGAAUCCUUGAAUUUGCAGUUUAGUGGUCAUGACAGUUCAAGUGGGAAUCAUAGUGAUAUAACUGUAUAGUAUGGAACGGUAUCUGAAACAAAGGAUAGACAGGUAACUUUCAACAGUGCUUUGAGGAAUGCAAAAAAUCUUUUUAGAAACUUUUUCCAAUGGUUAGUCACAACUGGAACAAACCCACUGAAUCAAUGGGACUUAUAUGAUUUUAUAAGGCAAUAGCAGCUGAUAACUAACAGGUUUGGGCUUAAGUAGCAGCUGCAUGAAAUGCAAGAAAGGAACUUGAACAUUGCAUGUAUCUGUUGAAAUUCCCUUAUUCCUGAGCUUGUAGGUCAAAGAGUUCAACUUCAAACCCUUUAGACUGAGUACAGUAUCUGUGGUUAUCUAGAUUUGUAAAAUAUAAAUCAGACUCUGUAAGGUCUGUGACAAUGAGUAAAAUCUAACUUGGGCAAAAUUACUUAUUUAUUUAUACUUAUUCUUGGAAUAGCUUCCCUCUCUAAGGUCUACUAUAUAUGUAGACCUGUAUAUUAUAUGAUCCUAGGUGAUAUUUUGCUUCAUUGCUUCACCUGGAUCAUUGACAAAUUAGCUCAAGAGAAAACGUUGUCACUGACAAAUCUUACAGUAGGGGAAACUAGGAGAGGAUGGCAGUUUCUUUUAUAAUGUCAGGUCCAGAAAUCAUUGAAGUUUAAAACAGCUCUGAACAUAUUUUGGUUUCAGUAAUAUUUCUGUACAAAUAAAUGGGGCUUUCCCUAUUUUAAGUGUUCCCAGCAUGUUGUAAUUUAAAUAUUCCAAAAGGUGUUUGUCCUAAUUGAAAACAGGACUUGAAUUUGAACCAAAAAUGUGAAUAAAGAAACAAGUGAAAAUAUUGUACUAUCUAGCUAUUGUCCAACAGGACAACCUACCAAGAAGUUCUGUGUCAUAUUCCCAUUGAAGAUAAUUCCUAUUAAUCUCUGUUGUGGUUGUGCAGGAGAACUACAGGGUGGAGUGUCCAUAAAUAUAUUUGCACAUUUCAUCUCCUAACCAUGGAUACAACAGUACAGCAAGUCUCCAAUCAAUAUCAUCAUCAUGGUAAUGAAGUUGGUAGUGGAAGCAUAGAUUAGUUAAUGAGGAUGUAGAAACAUAUGGAGUGCAUAUACGUGCUUCUAGUGUUGAAAGAGCAAUGUUUAUGAAAGGAGAAUUAUUUUACAGGAGUCUUCACGAAUAGAAGCCCCUUCAGUUCAUGGAGUGGAGUGUGAUGGAUGCAACCUAAUAUAAUUAGGAAAUCACUAUGUCAAGAAAAGUUACAGCACAUAGUCAAAAGAGAAGAAAGAUCUUUCCUGAAAACACUACUGAUGAAGUAGAUUAUGAUGCCAUUGCUUUUAAGGCUGUAUCAGGAAUCGGUAGCGCUCUAGAUCAACAAGUCUACAACUACCAUAAUCCCUGAGCAUUAGCUAUUUUGAUUGGGCCUGAUGGUAGUCCAAAUCCAACAACAUCGGCAGGGCCACACUUUCCCCAUUGCCACUUUAAAAGUAUAAUUUCUGUAACAUUUGAGAGCAACUGCAUGCCCCUUGUAACCUCAGAUUUGAAGCUAUCCCUACAAAUGUACUUAUUUAAUAGUUGUAUGCUAUAUGACUUUUUAAAAAAAUAGCUUAUUUCACAUAGGCCUUUUUAAGCAAGAGUUCUUCCUUCCCCCAAAGGAUGGAAGCUACACUCACUGUUUAUAUUUGCCUAUAUUUUUAUUUUCUCAGUCUUCUUUAACAUGGGUGAAAUAUUCUCUUUUACUCAAAGACAUGUUUCCCUUGCAAUCUUUCCUUGUUUUUGAAACCAGAAGGGCAAAUGGUGAAAUAGUUAUGAGUGAAGUUCUUGGUGGCCCCUUUCCCAACUUCCUUCCUUCACAAUAGCACAUUGUCCCUUAUAUAAAUAGUUGCAUAUCAUCCAUGGUGCACAUCGAUUGGGCUUGUCCCAUCUUUGACUGACAUAUUUUGAAGUGAUGGAAUUAGGUGAAUCCAUCAUCCAGCUACCUCCCAUUGACCCAAACAGGAUUUCUCAACUUUCUCCCAGAUGUCUUGGGCUACAAUUCUCAGCUUCCUGAGCCAAGUUGUAGGAGACUGGUUUAGUAAUUUGCUCUCUUCACUUUAAUCCCAUUCUGGAGAUUUACUACAUUUGUUUCUGUUUUCUAGAAGCCUCCUUUUCAGUAUCUGGUUACGGGCUACAUUCAUCCGAUUAAGGGUGCCCUUUUGCAUAUUAUCUACCUUACUUUACCUUAGGGCCCCAAGGGGCUUAUGUCUAGUGUAGUGUUAUCCUAGAUUAUGCUAUCUUUUUCACGGUAUGGGUCCCAAUGUCUUUCCUUAGAUAUCAGCCUCUUGCACAACAGUCUCUUGGCUUCUUCUGUAUGGACAUUUACAAUCAUUCCUCCUUGACUGCAAUCUGUUUAUCUUACAAAUUAUUGAACCCAGUGACCAACUGUAAUUCCUAAAUGAAUAAAACAUGCUGCAUACUGGAUAAUGUAGACAAGAUUUUUCCGACCUUCCAACUUUUGUUUUGUUUGUUAGAUUUUCAAAAAAAUUGGAGAAUGCUGUUGUCUCAGCAAUGCACCUGUUUUUUGUACAUUGAUUGUGUAAUUUAAAACUAAAAGGUAUAUAUAUACACAUACAUAUAUAUAUUGUGACUGUAUUACUGUGUAUACAAAAAAGAUGACUGAUCUAUGUAAAUGUUUUAUGGAUUUUGAUUCUUGUUUGAUUCUUGUACUCUUAACAUCUCCUGACGUAGAUGUAGCUGUCAUGUUUACAAGAUGAAUUCUGUUGCUGGGAUUGAUCAGGCCACAGGGCUGAACUGAAGAACAGUGUGGUGGCAGAUGCUGAGAUUCCUACCUAAAUUCUCUUUCACUCAGAUUCCCAUUUGAAGACCUACUCAAACCUGAUGCUAAAAAUAAAUCUCUGUCUUGUCUUACAACAGUACUGUGUAGCUCAGAAGUAUGAGAAAAUUAUCUUUCUCUUUGAUGGACUCAAAAUGUUUUGGUGGCAGCUGGUGACUUCUGUGUCUUUGGGGUGGGGAAUUCAUGCCAGAUUCUAGUCUGAACUUUAAAGGAAUGAUCCAAGGUACUGAGCUUUAGUCCCAAAAUAGGUUCAGUGGCUUGGUUGGCUGCCGUAAAGCUCAGAUCAAAUUCACCACUCCACUGACACAGAGCACUAGCUGCCACUAUAAUGUUCAGAAUGGAUCCCAGUCAAUUUGGGUAGAGUAGCUCCAAUUGUUACACAAGGCAGUGACUUCCAAUUUUUAUUUUUAUUUUUGCUCUUCAUAGAAAGAUUUAGACUACCCUCACUCCUUAUUAGGGGGUGGAGAUAAAGAGCCAGGGGGAUCCAAUUGUGUAAGAUCUAGUGAUGGGAAAUUUUUCAGUCACCAGGUCCUGGAAGCAGCCAUCCCCCUCCCCCCCCCAUCUCCACAUGCAAUCUCAGAAUCUUUCCACUCCUAUUCUUACGCCACCAAAGUAGUAAAGAUAAAAACAUAACGAAGAUACCUCCCCUCCCCAAUCUACACACCCCUAUCCUAGACCUUGGACAGAAGUAGAAUUUUGCUCAUUGAGAGAGCCUUAGGCUGAUAUUCUUGGGGGAGAUUCUCAUGCCCAUUUCUGGAAAGGCACUCACAUCUGUUCCCAGGCAUGUAGAGGUUGUCAUGCCAAGAACCAUGUCUACACUGAAUUUUAGUGAGCUGGUCAAAUGACUUUUUGACUGUUUGCAAGAAGAUGCUAAGAGCCAGUGAAGAUUCUUUGCAAACCCUCUUCUUCAUAUGGCUACCUCUAUGUAGUAAAAUGAAUAGACUGGCAGAGUGGCCACCAUGUUGGAACUAAUCAUGAGAAUCAGUGAUAAAGUCAUUGUAUUUUCUGUGUGGCUUAAUGGAAGCAGAAUGGAUGCCAGGAAUGAAAAAAAAGGAAUAAAACUAUGCCCACCUGCCCACCCUUCUUUUUUCUUAUUAAAGCCUUGUGGUACUUAGGAAGUUUGGAUUAAGUUAAAGACUAAUGUUUCUGUCAGCAAAGCUACAUACUUGCAGAUGGAGAAUAAUGUAUCUGUGUCAUGCCAGUCUGCCUCUUCUUCCAUAAAGAGCAAAAACUAUACUUAAGAAAUACAAUAAUAAAAGGAUUAUUUUAUUCAUG